GUUCACCAGAGUGAGCACUGAGCGUAACUGAAUGUGUCAGAGAAUGACAGAUGAAGCCACAAAACCACCAGCUCCAAGAAGACCAUUGAGAAAAGGAGCUAUUUCUCAGUGACCUCAGCUCACCCACUUGCAGCAUCCUCUUAAUGCUGGUUAUCAAACCUGCUCAAUGUCUUCAUGGGCCAUAAGACGGAAGUGAAAAACGGGGGGGGAGAUGAGGGGGUUGAGUGUCUGGUGAAAUGAAGAGAACUACCAGGAGACUUGGCAGGGAUAGUGUGAUCGAGAGAAACCCAAAAAUGAUGGUGAUUUUUCUGCUCUGUGUCAUUGCAGAUAUGCUAGCAGAAGGUCACGCUCUGGAUGUGUGUGCAACUUGCCACGCUAACGCCACAUGUGACGACAAGUCAGAUGGCUCUGGCAAAGUUUGUAACUGCAAGUAUGGGUUUGUUGGAAAUGGCAGAACCUUCUGUCAAGAUAAAGAUGAGUGUCAGAUAGGAGCCAGUAAGAUUUGUGGGCAGCACACCACCUGCCACAACACGUAUGGCAGCUACUACUGUACCUGCCUGUUUGGCUACAGCCCUUCUAACAACAUGGCCGUCUUCAUCCCAAAUGAUGGAACCCACUGCCAGGACAUUGACGAGUGCAGGAUCGCAGGCCCGUGUGGAGAAGGGGGUCAAUGCAGGAAUCUUGACGGCAGUUUUGAUUGCAGUUGCCAGCUGGGAUACAAAGUCCACAAUGGAGUGGAGCCCUUCCAUCCUCACAGAGACAACGCUUCCUGCAAAGUUGUUGACUGUGGCCAGCCUGCCUCAGUGGAGGACACGGUGCUGCUCUCAGUCACAGGGACCACAUACGGCAGUGUGGCCAUGUUUGUCUGUGAUGACGGCUUUGUGUGGAGGAGUGGAGACAACAACUCCGUGUGUGGAGCUGAUGGACUGUGGAAAGGACCCAACAUGGUCUGUGAAGAUGUUGACUGUGGCUCUCCCCCUGCCCUCCCUCAAUCUCAAAUGCUGUGGAAUAAGAGGUCAAGGAUAGGCACUGAGGUGUUUUAUCAGUGUAACCCUGGAUAUCAUAAUGCUGGAAAGGGCAAUGUGUCCAUUUGUACUGCGUCUGGACAGUGGGAGAGACCGUCAGUGCUCUGUGAAGUGACCUUGUGUGGAAGUCCUCCUAUAAUUGAAUCCACUGAGCAGGUGUGGGACAAUAAUUCAACCUCUGGCAGCACUGUGCUCUAUUUUUGCAAAGAGGGCUUUUAUAACAAAGGAGGACAUAAUAUAUCAAUCUGUAAUGAAAACGGUCAGUGGACCCAACCAACUUUGUUGUGCCAAGAGAUAUUAUGUGGGGAUCCUCCUAUACUGCCACACACUGGGCAUGUGUGGAAUGGCAGCUCCACCCCUGGAAGCACAGUGACUUACUACUGUAAAAUAGGAUUUUAUCACAAUGGAGGAAAUAACAUAUCAUUGUGCACAAUUAAUGGUUACUGGACAAAACCAAACAUCUCAUGCAAAGGUAACAACUUUCUCCAAAAUCUUAUUAGUACUCUGACUGGUUUUGUUUCCACUUCCGUUGUCCAGAGUCAAAUAAUAACUGUUUCCCCUCAAUUAAAUAAUGCAAUUUCCAUCCUUGUAGAAGUUGACUGUGGGGUGCCCCCACCCAUCCCUCAUUCAGUCAUACUGUGGGAUAAUAUCUCCACUGUGGGCUCUCAGGUUGUUUAUCAGUGUAACUCCGGAUAUCACAAUGUUGGAGAGGGAAAUGUAUCAGUUUGUACGGCCAGUGGAGAGUGGGAUGGAGCCUCUACGCUAUGUCAAGAAAUCAAAUGUCAAGAGCCUGUUUUCAAACCUAAUGCUAAACUGCAGUGGGACGGCACAUCACACAUUGGCAGUGUUGUGUAUUUCCAAUGUGAGGAAGGAUUUUACAUCAGGAGCCAGAGAAACUACUCAAUAUGUGGAGAGAAUGGACUUUGGGAGGAUAUUGAUCUAUGGUGUGAAGAAAUAAGCUGUGGUCACCCACUAAACCUCCCCCAUACUAACCUCCUGUGGGAUCGCACCAGUAGACCGGGCAGUGUGGCUCUGUAUGAGUGCAUGGAUGGAUUUUACCAGGAGAGUGGAAAUAAUAUUUCAACAUGUUUACUAUCAGGAAAGUGGGGGGAAGUAUCUGUACAGUGCAAAGCUAAAUGUGGCCCGGUCCCCUUCCUUGCCAACUCAGAGGUGGUGUGGCAUAACAGAAGUGUUGUGAUCCACCGCUGUGUGGAUGGAUAUCACAGCUGGAGGGGCAGCAACGUCUCUGUGUGUGGCAGCUCUGGGGUGUGGCAGAAAGCUACACUGAGAUGUAUAGAAAUAAAACCACCUAUAAAUCAUUUAUUUGUCCUUAAUGAAAGAUGUCUGCAUUGGAAAGCAGAGAAGUAUGAGGAGGAUACAGAAGUUUACAAGAUAAUAUAUAAAGGAUCCAGAGACUACCAAAGGUCCUUUCAUGAUAAAAGAAAGCUGCUUCUGAGCUCCAAGGCUGACCAGCUGGAACUCUGUCUGAUCCUGCUUCCAGUUACAAACUACAGCAUCUCAAUCACUGCAGUGUCUUCAAGAUUCACGGCCACUAUCACUACUAAGACAAGUUUACCAGUGCCUCCAGCACCGGUUGUGUACUACAGAGAAUUUGAGACGCGUGUACCAACUUUGAGGCUACGCAGAUCACCCAACACGCUUGACCCUAUAAGUUUGUACCAAGUGUUUGUGCUUCCUGCAGAGGGGAUUAUGAUGUUUGACUGUGCCUCUCCUGCGAGCUCUGACCCCUCGAGCAAAAUAAAGUCCUCAACAGAGUACAUCACUGCUCAGAUUGAUGUCAGACAUGUCAGCACAGAGAUGAACUUUACUGUAGGGGAUGAACUCUAUUAUGGAGGCUUCUUUAAUGCCCCACUGGAGAACGGCAGGAACUAUUAUAUUAUCUUACGGGCUGUCAGUCAGUGGAAAACGGCUUUAAAAAGUUCCUGUGUCCUAUGGGCUAAAGUAAGAGGUACAUCCUAUGUUCUGAGGGUAUCAUCACUGUCUGCUGCAGCAUCAAUAGGACUGGUUGCCUUGGUCAUUUUGGGUGGAUAUAGUUUCACCUGGUUUUUCAAGAAGACAUGACACCCCUGCAUGUGCUGGUGCUGAUGUGUCUUGACUCCUUACCUGUACAUUUUGUUUUGUUCUUUUUGUAAAUAAUUAUAAUAAAUGUUAUUUCACUAACUA